AUGACGAACAUGAAAGGACUCCGAAGAAUUGGUAGGUAGACACAGGGCUUUUUUCAGGCUGGAACUCACCAGAAAUCAGUUCCAGCACCUCUCAGGUGGGUGUCAUUAUAAGAGGACAAGGGAGAUGUUCAUGGUGAGUUCUGGCACCUCUUUUUCUAGAAAAAUAGCACUGGGUAGACAGACACCCUGUCCAGUGGUACCUGAAUUAAGUACUUAAUUCAUUCUGGCGGUCCGUUCUUAACCUGAAACUGUUCUUAACCUGAAGCACCACUUUAGCUAAUGGGGCCUCCUGCUGCUGCCGUGCUGCCGGAGCAUGAUUUCUGUUCUCAUCCUGAAGCAAAGUUCUUAACCCGAGGUACUAUUUCUGGGUUAGCAGAGUCUGUAACCUGAAGCAUCUGUAACCUGAAGCGUAUGUAACCCGAGGUACCACUGUAUAUUUUCACGUGAUAUAGCAAGGGUGCAGGAACCUUACAACUCCCAUCAAUCCUGACCUUUGACAGUGCUGACUGUGGCUGAUGGAAGUCAUAGUUCAGGAACAUAUAGAGGGCCAAAUGUUCUCCACAUAUGCUUCAUUUCUAUGUCUUCCUAACUUUUAAAAAGUAUUUAUACCCCACCAUAUAAAAAAGCAAACAAAUACUCAGGAGUUCUUCAUGACAUUCAUAGGUUCUCUAAGAACUUUUAAAAAAAGAGUAGAGUAUAAACAUAGCCAAAAUAAGGAGUGAAGACCCCAAUGUUCAUCAUCAUCUGGAGGGCCAUCCUUGCUUUAUACCUGUGGAAGUGCAUUUAAUAUGUGAUCCCUUAUUGGUUGGGACAUGAAUCUACAGGGAUGAUAUGCCAUAGGGUAGGAUCUGGUGUUAGUCCUACUCAGAAUACUGUAGACCCUUUGAAAUCAAUGGACAUGAUUAAAUUAAACCCAUUGGUUUCAGUGGGUCUACUCUGAGUAUGACUUGGUUGGAUACAACCCUUGGUUUGGAAAUGGAGUUUUCUAAAAGUGUAUCUGAAGUCAAUACAAUCAACACAAAACUCAAAAAAAUCUGUGUAUUCCCUGCCCAUGGAUUCAGAGUCAAGCUGGCUUUUUCAACUUGUUGAUUUGCCAUUGAGGAGGACAGUUGGGUUGAGACACAUCUGCCUAUGGAAGCUUCACUAUGGAAGAUAUUUGUAUAGUGGAAGCUGGAUAUACCCACCCACCUUAGGUUGGAUGGACCAUUUGGUCUAAAAUUAUCUGAAUUGUUUUGAAUGCAUAGUGAAUUUUAUGUGAUUGUGAAUGGAGAUGCAACAUUUGACAGUUCUUGGCUAUGCUAUUUAUUUUAUGAAACAGUAGUUUUUAAAUUGUGAGUUUAGUGCAUGUAAAAUAUUUGCACUAAAUUUAGAGCCCAUCAACACACCUUAGAUCCUCUUCAUUUUACAUGUUGGCAGAGGAUCCCUAUUAAAGAAUUCCACACAUACUAAUGGAUCCCUUUGAAAUUAUCUAAAUCCAAGUGUUCGUACUAAGGGCCAGCAAGUGUAAAUUACUAAGAUUUUAUAAUAGCUCUGGUCUGCUAUGGCAGUGGUACAUUACUCCAGGCUUAGAGUUAAAUGUUGAUUUGUUGUAUAUACACUGUAAUGUCUUGGAGAUAUUUAUACAAAUAAAAACAACAAUCUUGAAGACUUGCUUUGUGGAUCUAACAUUCAAUACUUGCCAUGAGCACAUCACCACAUCUUUUAAAAAUAUUUAUGUAUUUUACAGAGAAACACACUAACCUUCUUUGUCCCUCCUGGAAAGAAGCCAAGUUUUAAAAAGGGAUUGGGGGUGCUUAAAAUCUGCUCUUGGUAAAAUAGUUUCUAACAGUAUGAAAUAUGAAAGAGAGGGAGCGGGAGAAACAGAGACAGAGACAGAGUGAAUCAAGCAAACAGAAGGACAAGUCUUGCUGAAGAAUAAUCAGCAUGGCUUCUGCCAAUGUGAGUCCUAUCUCAUAAAUGUUUCUGAAUUCUUUGAGAAUGUCAAGAAACAUGUGGAUAGAGGGUGAUUCUGAAGAUACUGUGUACUUAGACUGUGUGCUUUUGACAAGAACCCCACCCCUCAGUAAAUGUAGCAGUCAUGGAAUGAGAGGACAUGCUGUCUUAUGGUAAAAAUAAUGGGAAGCAGAGAAAUUAGAAAUAAAUGGACAGUGCCAGAAAGUGGAAUCCCCAAAGGUUCUAUGGGGUGCCUCAAUGAUUUUAUUUUUUUGAAACUGACCCCUAAGGAAGGACUGGGACCACUGUAGAUGAGGGUAUUUCUGAAGCACCUUCACAACAGGUGGUUGCUGGCAUCAGGUCUACCAGGGUGACCAAAGCUAAGUCUAAGGUGGCUUGAAAUGGGUCUAGAUAAUCCAUUUCAUCCAAGAUUCCCUGAAACUGAGGUCCCUCCACAGAUUCCAACUUUUGUCCCCAGAUUCCAACUUUUCAACUUAAUCUGUUUGAUUUCUUACGAUAAGCCAUUUUAGUUAAGAAUGACACCUUCCCUGAAUACAAUCUGUAAAUGGUGCCAGAGACCAAACCUCGAAUAUUCUGAAUGGAAACUGUGUGUGCUCUACUACUGAGCAGUGUGCUUCCCUCUUCCAAUUAAUAUAUGCAAAUAAAUAUGAGACAUUUCCUCUCACUAAGCCAGACCAUCGGUGAACUAUUUCAGCUGCCACCAGCUAUUUGCGUUGUUAUUGGCAUAAGAGCUAUUUGAGUUCUUAGCCUCAGGCAGCAAAAUGUCUUGUGCUGCUUCUGAAUCUAAGAACAGGAUAGCGCAAACAUUACCACUACCCCUAAUUCCAUGCAUGGAAGGUGGCUGGACUGGAAGCUGAGACUUAUUUUAUCCCAUGCAAUGUGAAAACAAUGUUUCUAGCAACAGGUAACUAGCACGCUAGUUUCCAGCCCUGGAAGGCAGCACCAUAGUUUAACAGGUGCAGAACAGAUCUGUAGCUUACAUAGCUCUGGUUUCCAACACAAGGGGUCUUAGGGAGCUCUAGAGGAAAGGUUGGGAGUGGGGGACUGCCACCGCUGCCUCCAGUAUUAUUUGCCUCAGGCAAUUAUCUUGUUCGGUCUCAUGAUAGGUACAGUCCUGCUUAGGUUGAGGUCAGGGAUGACUGGUGCCCUUUGAGGGUGGAGAGGUGGAAGGCAGGAAUACUAGUAAUAGGUGACACCAGAGAGUCAACAAUAGCUUUUAGCUUUGCCUCCAUUCUCCUCCCUGCUUGAGACUAAGGAAGAGGAAGACUGGCAGGCAGGGCUAAGUAAUCAAUUGGUUCUAAGUAAAAAGACAGCAUCUUAAAAAGCUGAGACACCACCAUGCUGACAAAGGUCCAUAUAGUUAAAGCUAUGGUUUUCCCAGUAGUGAUGUAUGGAAGUGAGAGCUGGACCACCAAGAAGGCUGAUCAUCGAAGAAUGGAUGCUUUUGAAUUAUGGUGCUGGAGGAGACUCUUGAGAGUCCCAUGGACUGCAAGAAGAUCAAACUGAUCCAUUUUGAAGGAAAUCAGCCCUGAGUGCUCACUGGAAGGAUAGAUCCUGAAGCUGAGGCUCCAAGACUUUGGUCACCUCAUGAGAAGAGAAGACUCCCUGGAAAAGACCCUGAUGAUGGGAAAGAUGGAGGGCACAAGGAGAAGGGGACGACCGAGGACAAGAUGGUGGGACAGUGUUCUCGAAGCUACCAACAUGAGAUUGACCAAACUGUGGGAGGCAGUGGAAGACAGGAGUGCCUGGCGUGCUCUGGUCCAGGGGGUCACGAAGAGUCGGACAUGAUUAAAUGACUAAAAAACAACAACAACAAAUGGCAGGCAGACUGAGACUGGUGGGGCAGUGUCCUCUCCAGGGUUUCAUGGAGGAGUCUUCCCUAGCCAUGAAGAUGUCAGGGUCUGAACCUGGGACCUGUUAACAGGGUAUCCUGUUAAAAGGAUCUGGGAGGAGUGGCUCCUGUCCGAUGCCCAGAUGGGAUCAAGGACCAUACUUCUUCUCCAAAGGGGACCAGUUGGGGGAUGCUCUGAUUUUACGUAGGUCAUAGGGGGUCAUUCCCCCCCCCCCCGGCUUCACCCUUAGUAACACUCCCAGUGGUCGGGCAGGAGUGACACACACAGUUGCUUACCACAAUGCCUAUGACCAAGUCUUCACAUCUGUAACCAAUAAAGUUGUGGCCGAACCAAUAUGCCAUGUGUUGUCUAGUUACUUGCACCUUAGGAAACAGGGUGAUUACAGGGCCUCAAAACACAAGAGAAGCCUGGAGGGCCACGUUUGCACACACCAUUCUCCUGGGGUUCCCUGUCCUGGCUUGCAGAAAAGCCCAGCUGAAAAUGCCUCGGGGUUUUCAAUAAGUGCAGGAACCCAGAAAGGUUGUAAAGUGCAGAUCACCAGUGAUAUGAUUUUAGCUAUUCAUUCAUUCAUUCAUUCAUCUAUUAAAUUUAUAUCCUGCCCUUCCUUCCAAAGGAGCCCAGAGUGUCAAGCAGUCUGUGAUAAAACAAUAAAAAAUACAUCUUAUUCAUGGUAUGGAAAAAGUGGAUCGAGAAAACAAUGUCUCAAUUUCUCAUAACACUAGAACUUGUCAACAUCCAAUGAAGCUGAAUGUUGAUUGGGACAGGCAAAAGAGAGUACCUCUUCAAACGUCAUUUAGUUAUACUAUGCAACUCACAUCUGCUGGAGGAAGCGAUGGUCACCGACCUAGAGGGCUUCAAAAGAGCAUUGGAACCUUUCGUGAUGGGCAAGCCAAUGGUUUGCUGCUAGCCAUGAUGGCUAUAGUUUGCCUCCAUGGUCAAAGGCAUUAAUGCUUCUGAAUAUGAGCUGCUGGAAACCACAGAAGGGGAGUAAUAAUAAUAAUUUAUUAUUUAUACCCUGCCCAUCUGGUUUGGUUUCCCCAGCCACUCUGGGCGGCUCCCAACAGAAUAUCAACAACACAAUAAAGCAUGAAACAAUAAAACCCUCCCUGAACAGGGCUGCCUUCAGAUGUCUUCUAAAAGUCAGAUAGUUGUUUAUUUCCAUCUGAUAGGAGUGUGUUCCACAGGGAGGCUGCCACUACCACUACCGAGAAGGUCCUCUGCCUGGUUCCCUGUAACUUCACUUCUCACAGUGAGGGAACUGGCAGAAGACCCUCAGAGGUAGACCUCAGUGUCUGGGCUGAACGAUGGGGGUGGAGACGCUCCUUCAGGUAUAUUAGACUGAGUCUGAGUGUGUUCUUAUGCUCAAAUCCUGCUUGCAGGUUUCCCAUAGAGGCAUAUGGGGGCCACUCUAAGAACAAGAUGGCGGACCAGAUGGGUCACUGGCCUAGGCCAGUAAGUUCUUCUUAAAAAUGAUAUUAAUAUGGAUGCAGACCGGGAAGCACCUCUGCUCAAAGGUCUUGUUGGAAGAGGAAGGUCUUCAACAGGUGACAAAAAUAACAACGUGGAAGACACUUGUCUAAUAUUCAAGGGGAAGGGCAUCCAAAGGGUAGCUGCCAACACAAGGAAGGCCCUGUUUUUACAUUGUGUGUAACAGAACUCCUGAUAAGAGAGACUGCUGAAAUCAAAAGAGAGAGAAAUCUAAUUCCAGUGACAGAUUCUUGAGUUAGCCUCUGUGGGCUUGAUAGGAGAGCUGAAAAUAAUGCCAAUAUCUUUCAUGUGUGGCAACCCAAGUGCAUACUCAAUUCUAACCAAACUAAGCCACAUAGAGCACAAUAUACAGCAGGAGGCUUUCGUUUGGUCAGAAUUGAAUAUACACCUCCAGAGUUAACAGUAAAUACAUUACUUCUGGUAAAUGAGACACCAUAGCUGCUGGAGGGCUGUGAAAAUUUGGGUCUUGGACUUUUUAGACUUGUCUACCCAUGAACUAUCUGAAACCCAAAUGGCACUUGGGUUGCCUGAUGUCAUUUUCUUUCCCAGCUCUCUUACCCCACUAUGGAGAUAUGUUCCUAUGGGGAGCUACUAGGCUUUGGAAAAGAUCCGCAACAGCCUUGCUGGAACACAAACAUGUGGAACACCAAUCCAUGGCAGUGCUGACUUUUAUUGGUUUGCCUUCAGCCUAGCAAACAUAGGAAAUGGAGAGGUCCCCGGUUCAGAAUUAUCCAGAAAUUAUCUGAAUUAUCCAGACUAUUCCCAUCAGACAUAAAGGAAAGUAGUAUCACACAACUGGUUGCUUCCAAAUAAGAGUGGAGAGUUCAGCUCCCCUUGCAGAACCAACAUUAAAAAUAUAUACUACAGCAAUCAUCAAUAUGCACAUUCCAGCUUGCCAGACAGAAUAACCUCCCUUACCUCCUCCUCAGAGCCAAUUUUGGGGCUGUAGGGGGAGAAAAAUGGGGGAACCCCAUUGCGCUAGCUGAAGUCCUUGUGUGGGCUACCACUAGUGGGACUCAUUCAUUGUAUCCAGCCUAUGGGUUGCAACCCUCAUUUCCCUUCCCACUGACUUCUGAGCCAUGCCUUUAAUUGCCAUUAAUUGGUUUAUCAUGUGCUUAACAUUUUUGUUAUGACAAGGGUUGGUUUCAGAUCCAAGACUGGUUUCAGAGCCUUGCCUCCUACACUGCUUCCUUAGAGUCAACGGGGUGGGAGGAGGGGCGAGAGCACGAGCAGUAAUGGAUAUGCGUGGCACUGAAGACUGAAGGCAAGGAAUGCGGACGUUCCCUACCCAAGAUUCUCCCUUAUGAAAGAGGUUACAACAUUUGAAGCUCUUUUUUUAUAUAUAUAAAAAAGCAAGCAAGUGGGACAUAAAUUACGGGUGGUGCAGAGAAAGAGAACAGAGAGAAGUUCUUCUUUCCUCUUCCAUGUAUGGGGCCAUCCAAUGAAGCUAAAUGUUGGAAGAUUCAGAACAGAUAAAAUAACACACUUCUACACACAGCACAGUUGAAUCCAUGAAACUUGAUAGCGCCACACUGUACUGAUGGCCACUAACCUUGAUUGGACAAAUUCAUGGAGGGCAAGAAGCUUACGAGUAGUCAUAGUGGCUCCACUGUUGCAAUAUGCCUCUGAAUACCAGUUUCUGAAAAUAGGUGGGGAGAUUGCUUUAGUGCCCAUGUUCUGGUUGUGGUCUUCCUAAGGCCAUCAGGUUGGCCAUUGUGAGCACAGGGUGCUAGACUAGAUGAACUUUAUCAAGUGGGGCUCCUCAUACGCUCUUGUGGCGGAGGGCUCUGGUGUCCUUGUCCUGCAUGUGGGUUUCCUGGAGGAAUCUGAAUGGCCAACGUGAGAAUAGGUUGAUGGACUGUAGUGCCCUAUGGUCUAUGUUAUGAGAACUAGAUGGGCCUUUGGCUUCAUCCAACAGGACUCUUCUAAUGUUGAGGCCUCCAUGAGGUCCUACCUUUUCCACUUUCUGUUGCUGCAAUGUACCAAUUUCCUUAUUUCCUGUUGCUUAUUUGGUUGCAAGAGACGUUCUGAGUUGCAGAAUUGUUUGGCAAGAGAGGCUCACCAUGGCUCACAUGGUUUCAACAUUGGGUCUUGUGAAUGCAUCUCAGGUUUCAGGGCCAAGAAAGACCCCUCAGCCCAAGACUAAGGUGCUUCCUGUUAGGCAGAGCAGACAAUUAUUGGGCUGAUGGACCAUUGACCUGACUCAGUAGAAGGCAAUUAACCUCUGCAAUUUUCUUGGGGAGAUUAAUGCUGACAGCCUGGUUAAAAGAGAAGAGGGAGAAGGAAGCGCUAGAUCUAAAUGACAGGGCUGUGGGUAAUCAUUGGUGGAACCUCAAUUAAAUCCAAGGCAAUUUCACAAAAGAUGAGACAGAUAAAUUCAAAGGUGGAAUGUGCGGUUUUCAGAUGGCUGAUGGAGGCCUGGAAUCCAGAACACAACAAAGCAAUUUGGGAUUUCUGGCUCUCAACUGCUCAUAUCAUCCCAGAUUAAUUAAGCCCUCAGGCAAAGAUGGGUGUCUCUCUUUCCAGUUCAGGGCCCAAACAUGAAACUGUAUAAAAGGGACAGGGGAGCCCUGGACUUUUCAGAUUGCUCCGUUCCUCUCUACAUCCAAACGAAACUUCUUCUAACCAGGUAAGACUGAUAAUCUAUUCAUUUCUUUGUUUAUUAUACUUAUGUUUGGCAGAUUGACUACCAACGUAGGAAUCGGCCUUAUACCAAGUUGGACCGUUGGUCCACCUGGCGAAGUAUUGUCUACACUGACUGGCAGUGGCUCUCCAGCGUUACUGGCAGGUGAUCUCCACCAACCCUUACAGGAGAUGCUGGGGCUUGAACCCGGGUCCUUCUGCAUGCAGAGCAGAUGUUCUACCCACUGAGCUAUGGACCUUCCUCUGCUGCUUCCAACUUGUAACAGGCAGGCAUGGUGCAAUAUCUUUGGGGAUGUUUGGGUGUGUGUAUAGCAGUCUCCUUAGGCUCUGGCUGUUGAUGAUACAGUACAGUUCUUGACUCACCUUUUCAAAGGUGUGGUGGCCGAAGGAGCUUCAGUUGCACUCAAGGCCUGGUUGAGAGUCAAUAUCUUAAUGCACCAAAGUGGCUCUUCCAUUUGUCUUGACGAGGAACUCUUUAUUAUAUAUCUAUUUACCUCUAAUAACCCCAUCAAUGUCCAGGGAAAUGAGGUUUCCAGGCUAAAUUUUAACACAAGAGGUUGCAAUGGUCACCAGCAUGGAUGGCUUUAACAAGGGACUAGAGAAAUUCAUGGAGGAUGAGACUACAAGCCACAAGGGAUUUGUUCUAACUCCAUUUUAGGAGGCAGUAUGCCUCUGAAGAGCAGAGGAUUCUGGGCCUCACAAGUGGGGAGGGUUGCUGUUACUUGUCCUGUUUGUGGGCUUCCCAUUGUGGUAUCUGGUUGGCCAAUGGGAGAACAGGAUGCUAAACUGGAUGAGCCCUUUUUGGCUUGAUCUGGCAGGACUCUUCUUACAUUCAUCCGGGGGUGGGAGGCAAGGAGGAGGCUGCCAGAGCUUUUUACAACAAUCAAAAAUAGUUCUAGUUACAGGUAGGUAGCCAUGUUGGUCUGCCAUGGUCAAACCAAAAUAAAAUAAUAAUUAAAAAAUCCUUUCUGUAGCACAAUAGAGAACAAUUAAGUUAGUUAUUGGUAUGAGCUUUUGUGUGCAUGCACACUUCUUCAAAAAUAGAACACCCUUGCUUUCAAGCUUACAAUCUCAAAGACAUGGCACAAGAAGGAAAGGGCAGCGGGGGAAAGCAAACCCACUGUUUCUUAGGUAAAGGACCUUCACUUUGGCAGGAAGAAGGGAAGCACCAUGACAGCUCCUUCUUUGGCUGAGGGACAGGGCCAAGUUGGUCUUCCCUUGCUGUGAUGCUCUUGCUGGGAGGCUCCUCAGCUCUGUCUCCUAGAACAACUGCCACUUGGAGAUGAGGAGCCUUUCUGGGGAAACCAGCUCCUGACCCUUUCUUCUUCAGCUUCAGAUAAGCCUAGCUGGGUCAGGCCAAAGGCCCUCCUAGUCCAACAUCCUCUUCUCACAGUGGCCAACCAGAUACUUGUAGGAAACCUGCAAGCAGGACCCAGACACAAGAACAACUCUACCCUUCUGUGGCUUCCAGUAACUGGUAUUCAGAAGUAUUACUGCCCUCUGACCAUGGAGGGCAGAGGAAAGCCACUGUGACUAGUAGAUGUUGAUAGCCUCAUCCUUCAUGAAUCUGGACAAUCCACUUUUAAAGUCAUCCAAGAUGGUAGCUAUCACAGCCUCCUGUGGGAGCAGGUUCCAUAGUACAACUCUGCGCUGUGUGAAGGACUUUCUUUUAUCUGAUCCGAAUCUUCCAACAUUCAGACUCAUUAGAUGUCCACAAGUGCUAGUGUUAGGAGAAAACAUGUUCCUUAUGCCCCCCACCCACCCCACAAAUCCACAAUUUAUUCCAGACCAAAUUUUCUAAUCCAUUAAUAUUUAUCCUUCCUGUUGUUCUACAGCCAACUUCCAAAACACAGCCAUGCAUUCUAAAAGUCAAUCCUGUGCUGUCCCAUCAAUUGGCCUUGGACAUUGUGGAUAUGGCGGUGGAUAUGGCGGUGGAUAUGGCAUCGGAGGUGGCAUCAUCGGAGGUGGUGGCAUCGGAGGUGGCAUCAUCGGAGGUGGUGGCUUCGGUGGCGGCGUAUCAUCCAGCAGCCUUGGCAUAGUCCCCGGGGCCAAUGUUUCCUGCGUGAGCCAAAUUCCAUCAUCAGAAGUGGUGAUCCAGCCAGCUCCAGUUGUGUUGACCAUCCCAGGACCCAUCCUCACCUCAAACGAGCCAAUGUCUGUGGGAGGUUACAGUCCAUGUGCUUCUGGUUAUGGCUACGGGUCUUCUGGUUAUGGCUAUGGGUCUUCUGGUUAUGGCUAUGGGUCUUCUGGUUAUGGCUAUGGCUGUGGGGUGGGUUCCUCUUCUGGAGGUUACCUCGGUGGUGGCUACAGAGGUGGCCAGUCAUCCAAGGGUUACCCCUGCUAA